UGAGUAUGCUGUGAGGGUUGGGCGGGGCGUCGCGUCGCGUCCGAGAGGAACUUUUCGUCAGCUGGGCUAGGAAGGGGGCUGAGGCGGAGAAGUAGCAGCAGGGAGCGCCUUUCCCGUCUGCCUGAGCCCCUUCUGGGGAAGGGGCUGCGGAGCCCAGCAUGGAAUUCCGCCAGAUCCUCAUGGUGGCCUCGGAGCAGCAGGGACUCAGCUCGGUUCCGAAAAGAUACAGUUUGGCUGUAGGUCCUCCCAAAAAGGAUCCAAAAGUUAAAGGUGUUCAAUCAGCUGCUGUGCGAGCUUUCCUCAAACGACAAGAAGAGGAACAGAAGAAAAAAGCUCUUGAGGAGAAAAGAAGAAAAGAAGGACUUCUUGCUAGACGUGUGGAAUUGAAACAUGACCGAAAAGCAAGAGCUAUGGCUUCACGGACAAAGGACAAUUUCCGUGGCUAUAAUGGCAUUCCUGUUGAAGAGAAGCCUAAAAAGAGGCAAGGUGCAAGCGGCUCUGAAAAAAACAUAGAAAUAAAUGAAUGCACAACAGGUGAUGAAAUGGAGCAGUUUGAAUAUAGUCAAAUAGAAUCUGAGCCGGAAUCAGAAGAGUACGAAGAAAAGCCAUCCAAAACACCUGUCAGACCAAAGGCACCUCCCAAAAGCGGUCCUGCAACUAUGAAUUUUAAUGAUCUUUUAAAGCUGGCUGAAAAAAAACAAUAUGAACCAGUUGAAAUCAAAGUUGUAAAAAAAACAGAAGAAAGGCCUAUGACAGCAGAAGAACUAAGAGAGCGAGAAUUCUUAGAGCGCAAGAACAGAAAAGGGGCUGUACUAAAAGAGAAGAAACUGGAAAAAGAAACAAGGCAUGUAAGUGCAUUAAGUUCUUCCAAGAAGGACAUUGUGCAGAAGGAGUCCACAAAUGCUACACUGAGCAAGCAUGGAACAGAUAAACAUUCCUUUUCUAAAGGAGGCCAUUCCUUGCAAAGUGGAAUUGAUAAAAGAACCAAAGUACCAGCAUUAAGUGAAAAGCCUUCAAAGCUAUCCUCUUCUUCCAAACCCAACCACAUUGAAAAAGCAAAACCUCCACCCAAGGGACCUUUAAAAAGCCCAUCUAACAGCAGUCAUAUGAAACUAGCAUCCAGUGGAGGAGGAAAAUCUGGAUCUGGCUCCCACACACCAGUCUUAAAGACAGCUGCAAAUGGAACUCUCAGACAAUCAUCUAGUAAAGAACCUGCUCAGAAAAAAGCUAUCAGCCAUUCAAAAUCGGCUAGUAUGGCUGCUAUGCCGCAUGAAGGCAUUAGAACAUCCAGCUCCAAGCAAACAAGCAGCAGUUCAGUGGCAGGAGGAACUCUCCCAAGGGCAAAGAGCAAUCUGAAUACAGGUCCAGGGCAGCCAAGCAGCAGCUUGAUUGCUAGCCAUGGAUCACAAGGUAUAGGACCUGGGCGAUCAGGAAGUAGCUCAGGGACGGGCCAGCGAAGCAGCAGCUCAAGCACGGGACCCGGCCGGCCAAGUAAUAGCUCAAGCACGGGACCCGGCCGGCCAGCUAAUAGCUUAGCCAUGGGACCUGGCCGGCCAGCUAAUAGCUUAGGCAGGGGAUCUGGCAGGCCAGGCGGCAGUUCAGGAUCUGUGCAUUCUGGAAAUAGUCAAAGCAUAGGACCUGGACGGCCCACUAGCAGCCUAAACACUGGACUGGGAAGAGGGAGCAGCUCAGGAUCCGGACCAGGCCGGCCUGGAAACACUUCUGUUGGAACUCCUAAACCAAAGUGCACUGUUGUAUCAGAAACAAUCUCAUCUAAAAAUCUGGUCCCAAGACAAAUGAAUGGAAUGAGGCCACUUCCUCAGCAAAGACCUGGGAUUCACCCACAAGGUUUUCCAAGGCCUUCUCUUCCACCUAUUACCUAUAAAAGACACUAUGAAGAUGAUGAUGAUUAUGAUUCUGAAAUGGAAGACUUCAUUGAAGAUGAAGGAGAGCCUCAAGAAGAAAUCUCUAAACAUAUUAAAGAAAUAUUUGGUUAUGAUCGGAAUAGAUAUAAAGAUGAAAGUGAUUAUGCCUUACGUUACAUGGAAAGCAGCUGGAAAGAGCAACAGAAAGAGGAAGCCAGAAGCUUGAAACUUGGAUUGCAGGAAGAUCUAGAAGAGAUGCGACGUGAAGAAGAGGAAUUAAAACGCAAGAAACAGGCAAAGAAACUGAGAACGCGUUAAUUAGUUUGCCGUAGCUCUGGUUUUCUGUUACCCUUCCUGCCCAUCUUCUUAUUCCUCUCCUUGUUCCAAAUUUAGUUUUACUUCAUGGAAAAAAGUGUAAGAAACUGUGUAGAAGAUGGAAAUUAGAAAUACGAGUUUGCUGCAAACUUGUGCUCAGGAGGAUUCUGCAGGUGCUUGAAGAAGGUCUCAUGGCACUUUUUUGCACUUCCUGUCCUCCACUUCUCAAGCUGCUCUGGAGGUUUGGGAGGCUCUCUAGGACAGUAUGGAAAGUGGCUUCAAGGGAGAAGGGACAUCAGAGAAAACGGCCACCCAGCCCUUCCUCCAAUAAGAAAUCUUAAUUGGAUUCCAGUUCUCUCCAUGAAUGGAAUGAACUUUUCCAUUCAUGAAGGGGCAAGUUUGGAUCAAGCCCAUGAUUCUUUAGUUUGACCCUGAAAUACUUAUUUUAAUACCUGCAAUGGAUUCUUUGUUUUUAAAAUGCACUAAUGGAGAAUAUUAGAUAAAUAAUGGAAAUGAAUGUUACUACUGCCGAAAGUAGUUCAAGGAUGCCGGUAGACUACUGACUGACUAUGCACUGGCUUGCAACAAGUGGGCCCACACACCAGUAUGCUAGGCUGCGUUCUUCAUUUUACUUAAAUACUGAAGAAUGUUCACGUUCUCUUAUUUAAAACACAAUUGUGUCCCAAGCCAAGAUGGAUAGGUCACCUUGUCUGUUCAGAGAAAGCACAGAUUUAAAAUUUAGCUGCUGCUAAUGAUGUUGAAAGCAAUAUUAACCUGCACUGUGAUUCCUGUUUGGAGAAGAUUAUCUGAAAAACUCACAUUAUGGUAAAAAAAAAUCAUGAGUUCUGACUUCACAAUUUAGUAGACUGAUACUAUGUCUUGGAAGCAGAUGUUGUAGAAGAAGCAGGCAGCAGCUCCAGGAUGAGGAGAAGAAUGUGGUAGCAAUGGCAUCAUACCUGCCAGUAUAAAUCCCUAAAUUCCCUCCUCCUGCCACCUUGCUAACUUGUUAGUUGUACAGGAUUCAGUACUUCUGGGACUUUAGUAAUCCCUGUCUAGUCACGUUGAACUGAAGUCUCACUUGAACUGGCACAGACUAUCCACUGCCUGAUACUUUACUCUCCUGUUGUACAGAAGACUGAGUUAGGCUAUUAAUGUCACUCAGAAUUUGUUCAAUAAAAAUGGGACCAAAUGGUAAGUCUUAGGGCUGAAAUUUCAUUGCCAAAAAUAAUAAAAAUGUAUCCUGAAAAAUACAAACUUGCAAUGCUUUGUAUAUCGUUUCUAUGACUUUGGUGUGACUGCAUUUUAGAAAUAUCUUUUCAUAUAUCCCAAAUUUUUUUCAGCUUCCUCUUUUAAAUUAAGUGCAUAUUGUCUAAUAAUUCCAAAGCAUGCCAGGAUAUAUUGCAUCUAAUACUGGAUUUUGUCUAGCAUAUGUGCUGAAUUAAUCUAUGUUCUGCUGAUUAUGGGCAUCUUUUUAGUUGUUCUGAAUAAUUGCUUAUAAAGCAACUGAAUAGACCUUCAGCAGAGAAAUAAACCUUUAGAAUUUGUCAAGAUGUCAUUUUUGUCUGUUUCUGAAACUUUGAUUCAACACUGAUUUCAAGCUAUGCACUGCGAAAGAAACCAAGUUGCCAAUCUUAAAGGUAUGCAUAUUGAAAGAGGUACCAAUUCAUUAUUUUCUACAGAAUUGUGCUCUGAAAUUUCAGCCCCAUGUUCCAUGUUAUUUAUUCCUCAAGUACUCAUGAUAUGCACUCACAGGAAAAAAGAUGACCCUUCCCGAAAACUUCAUCAAGCCCCUACUGUGAAAAGCUUCGUUAUCGCUGAAAGUUAAAAGUAGAAGGUAGGGCAGAAUAGCAGUUGUUCAGUAUUCUAGCAGAGAAUGACUAAGAUUUUAAGAAGCAUUUUGUAGGGAUACAAUCCUAGUAAGUAUCAAGAAGGAGGAAUCAGCCUUUGAAUGUAUACAUCCACAUGGGGGUUCAAUUAACAGAGUCAUUGUAAAGAGAACAGGGGAGAUCUCUGCUCACACAGUUCAGUGAGGUGUGCUGUUGCCCAGAUGAAACAGCUGGGCAGUUGCUGCAGAUAGCACGCUGCUUGCUUCUGCACUUCCAGUUUCCUAUGAUCAGUAGUGCUACUUCUUCCAGCACUGUGCUUCAUGUUCCACAGACUCUUUUACCUUGCUAUGAUUGCUAUAUAUACACAUGUGUGUAUAUAGUCCUCCAGAUCCACCCAUUUAUCUUACUCAUCCAAAACAAUGACUGUUGCAAACAUGACCAAGUGACUGUUCAUUUUUUAAUUGUAGUGUGGAAGACUAUUUAGAUAAUAAACUCAGAUUCUGUCUUCUGCAAGCCUUGGACGUAGUAAAGAAUUUGUAAUAGAAGAAUUAUGUACAGCAGUUAAUGCAUGUAUUAACUGCUCUUGCAAGAUUAAUUCAAAAGUGUAUCUUGAAACAAACACCUCAGCAUUACUUGUCUUACAGGAGACAACUGGAAAAUCUAUAUUGUCACUUUCAUCACCUCCUCCUUUUUAAUAAAUUUGUCAUAUGUCACUUCCUAAAAUUUAUGUUUCAUAUAACUUGCCUUGAACUUUCUUGCAUUCCAAAGGGAGUCUCCUGUAAUUGUAUUCUCUUUUCAGAUUGUGUGCUGUUUAACAUACUUAUUUACUUUUUCUUUAGGGAUUUUUCUUUGCUUUAUUUUUCUUAUUCACCUUGUACAAAGUAAAUUUGGCCAUUGUUUCUUCCAAAUUAUAUUAAAGCGAAGUGGAAAAGUUGGUUUAUAUAUCUAUGGCUAUCCAGCACUGUUUGGGCUUCAUAUAUUGUAUGAGCAAAUACUCUAGCUUGGUUUGCAGAGUCUGUUAAGUGAUUGGAAGAUGUGCCUUUUUUAACAUAUUAAAACUUUCCAUGAAUGUAGGAAUAAGAUAAAGAAUUGAUGUUGGUAUCAAAGAUGCUAUAUUGAAAUUAAUGUGAAAUAAUGCAGUUUUUCGUAAAGGCCUUCCAGGUCUUGUUUUGCACAACUACAGUAGUUAGCAUUUAUGGAUAUUACUGAGUAAAAUAUAAGGACACUUUGUAUUUAGACUUGAUUUUACAGUUGCCUUCUACAUACUUUAUUAAGGCUGUACUUUACUUUUACAGCACUGUCAGAAGCCAGGGCAGCAUGUAUAAUGUAAAGCAUUUAUGAAUCAUUCAGAUCUGUUUUUUCAAGCAGAACUCUGUAAAAAUGUAUUAAAACUUAUUUUUAUACAAGCCCCUCUUUUUAUCUAACAUAAUUAGUUUUUCUUUGGUUUAUGCUUUCUAUAACCUUAAUUACCCUUGUAGCAAAACGUAUUUUUACAUAUAUAGCAGGAGACCAAAACACACUGGAAAGAAAAUACAGUCUUGAAGAGACUAGUGAAUAAAUUGUGAUGACUAUGUUGAAUUUCUAUUUAUUUUGUUGAGUCGGAGUGAUACAAUCAAGUGUUAGCAUAUAAUUGAGGAUGCUUCUGGAGUCCAUGUUGUUUUUGUGAAGUUCAUUGUGUUUAACACAAUGUGACAAAUCAGGUAAAAACUGUUACCCAUAACUGUUUUUUCUGGUGCUGUUGAAGUGUAUGCUUUUGCACAUUGAGAGUGCAGACUGAAGCACGUUAUGUAUAUAAUAAAUACAGACAUUAAACAUUUUAUUGAAUUUUUCA